GAACCUCUAGCGUACAUUAUAAUAACUCUAUGCACGCGACCACGCUGACCCGGCUGACCACGCUCUCGUAUUCUGUAAAUAAACAUGGCGUCCGAGGCUGUGUGGUUCAGUGUGGUCUACGCUAUAAUUUGCGUUUACAUACUUACGCCGCCGACAGAAUUCACAACCGCCGGAUUGACGCUCACACAUCUAUUCGGGAGGUUCAUCGACAAGGAAGACGUCAAGUUCGUGGAGCACCACAUCCAGAGAACGCUGCUGACUGUCGUCGUCCACACCUUCCUGCCCCUGGGCUACUUCUUUGGGUUCACGCAUCUGAUUGAGGAUGACGGCGUGGUGGAGCUGUGGCAGUCCAACCUGCUGUGGCAGAUCGGGCUGGCUGCGUCCUGUCUCGUCUUUACGGCCGGCAUCGUGCUUGCCUUCAGCUGGUCCAUGGCAGACUGGUCCCGCCACCCGGUGACGCAGAAGCUCCUGGUGUACGGCAGUCCGUGGCGGCUCAUCGCCAUGCGCAUCAAUGCCGAGUUCUGCCAGGUGGACAAGUUCAUCAGCGGCGCUGGGUCGCUCACCCGCACGGUGGUCACAAACUCCUGGAUCAUCAAGGCAACGCCGUACAGCCUGCACCUGAUUCAGCAGACGGAUGCGGUGCUGGAGCUGGUGAGCAGCGCCGAACACUCGGUCUCGGACGUGAGUGGGACGGGAGCCCAGUAUCUCGACAUCCUGGUGCGGAGCAGGAGGCCCGGCAUUCCCUCCUUCACCAUUCGCGUCAAUUCCAUGGAAUAUAAUGACCUGAGGGAAAAACUCCAGGCACCGUUGGACAAUGUGCGCAACAUAGUAAUCCACCGCAGCCUCAGCGACAGGUUCACGGAUGCCUUCAAAAGUCAUGUCGUGCAAAAUGCAAAGUACAAGCUGCCAGAAGGCAUGGAGCUGGAGCCAUGCAUUGGGUGCAUGCAAGCAACAGCCAAGGUGAAGCUGCAGAAGCUGUGUGACGAGCCCUUGGUCGGGCAGUGCCAGCACUGUCUGUGUCACCCGAUGUGGUGCGUCGACUGCAUGGGCCGCUGGUUUGCCAGCCGCCAGGACCAGGCGCGCCCAGACACAUGGCUGGGCAGCCGCUGCUUCUGCCCAACUUGCAGGUCGAUGUUCUGCAUGCUUGACGUGUCGCUCGUGGAAACCUAAAUCAACUCUGGCUGCACCGCAACGGCAAUCCUCCCCCAGACCAGAGACGCCCCUUCGAACGAACUACAGAGUGAGCGCCAAGAGGCAUUUCGUGAUAAGUUGGAUUUUUGCCUAACUUGAGCCGCAUUAAAGGCACCUCCAGAUCUGCUAUUUUGCAAUGUGCACACGGUACUGCAGCGUGUGUCGACUGCUCGUUCCAGAGCCAAAAGUGAUGUGUUUGUUAAUGCACAAAAGCGCUUUUCUUUCUCUCCAGCACCUCCAUCCCUCAAACAUCUAAAAGACCACUACAUCGCCUACUUUGUCUUUCAUUCUUUAUCACGAGACACUUUGAAGCAUCUGGGCCAGGGUUUAUUAGGUCACUUUUUUUUUUCUGUACUUUUAGCAAGAGUCAUCUGCAACCAGUGUAGGGCUUUUCUUUUGCCAAGUUUAACUUAAAUUAGCUUACUGCACACAGUGGCUGGAAACUUCUCAGGUACAUUGGUCCCUUCUCGCAAGGAACAAUAAAUUCAUUGAGGCAGGUCACAAGCGAUGAUGCUGCCUCUACAGGGCAUGAGCAACAUCCGAGAUGGUUGGCACAAUGGAUGGACACUGCAAGAACUGUUCCGGAUCUAGUCAUGUGUCCCAGAGAGCGGGCCAUGUGUACUUCCCCUUCUGCCCCACACUUCUACGCUUUUCUUCCCAACGCCUGGUCGCGUCAUCGUCGUCGUCCCGAACACUGCAACAAAUGACGAAAAGACCACAGUGUCACGAUCCCUCGGGGACGACAUGGAAUCUCACUAAGAAAAACCGUCUCCUUUCCAAGCCCCUGGGUCUUUGGCCAUGCUGCACUAAAGGACAGCAAGCGUCUUCAUUCGGCCGAAACUUCAGCCAGAAAAGGGAGCGUUGUCUCCAUUGUUGCCGCAACUUUCUUUCUUUUCUUUUUUUUUGUUACAAAAUUGUGAAAUUGGUUUAUUUUCAGAACUGAAAAAUAAAUGCAUUCUCCCGCUGCA